AUGUUGAACCUACUGGCUAGUGUUCUUAGUCCGACACUAUUCCAAGCAUUCUCUUCACGUCUCAACCACCGAUCGAUAACUGUCGGAGAGGAGUAUAGGGUUGACUUUGAGACACCUCGUAUCGUACCACUAUCUGACACAUCAUCGGAAGCCGAUGAGGACGCUGGAUGUACACUACCUAAGGAUAUGCAGCACAAGAGGGUGAUUCCUUUACCUUAUAUGGAGCAAAAUGAAACACCGCAUACUUCCAAGCGAAGGCGCAAAACAAUGGCGUCUCUUUUGGGCGACACUGAAUACUUUGUUUGUAAGCAUUGUUUCAAAUCAUUCAAUAGACGUUCGAAUAUGGUCCGUCACAUCGACCGAACGCAUUGCGAGCGAGUCGUGUUCACUUGUCCUCAAUGUCCAGCCUUCUACAAACACGCCUUUCAUUUUGCGGAUCAUCUUCGUGGUCACGAGGAUGAACCUCAAUUUGUGUGUGACAAUUGUGAGAAGCGCUUCAGCUCGCGGAAUCAACUGAAAGCCCAUGUGAGAAGAAACUGCAAGGUAGCGCUGUACGCAAAAGUACGGCAAACAGUACUGGACGAUUUCAUAUUCCGUACGAUUUUCAGGUGA